ACAUUUAGUCUGCCGUGAGCCUUGCCCGUUGCUCGAGUUUUGACCCCGCUUUCCGGUAAGUUUCAUAACGCCCUCAUCACUCCAGAAAGUUCAAUUUGGACUGAAAGUUAUAUUUGGUGUUAGUUGUUUAAAAGUACCCGAAAAGAGCCGUGAAGAAAGAGUUCAUUCAGAGGCUGACACGACAAGACAAUUUAGCCUUCAGACGUUUGGAGAAUCUGUGGUGAAGCCGAUAAAAGGCGACAAAAACCAUGACGAAGAGGAUAUUUCUGUGUCUUUCACUUGUUGCGUUGGUGGACCAAAUCAUGGGGAUCUCUGUAUGUCCUUCUCGUGAGAUUCAGGCCACUCAAGGGGAAGUCACUUCCCCGAAUUUUCCAGAUGCCUACCCUUCUGAUGUAAACUGUGUUCUGACCAUUGAUGGUGGAAACAGUGUUAAAAUCAAGCUGAAGUUUGAACAUUUUGAAGUUGAAGAAGACGAUAAUGAUCCAAACGAGUGUAACUAUGACGCUGUGACCAUCAUCGAUGGCCCAAGAACCUCUCGAUACUGUGGCAGAAGAACUCCCCCGGAGUAUACAUCGACAGGAAAUAAGAUUUCCAUCGGCUUUAAGUCGGACGAAUCUUUUGAGAUUAAAGGUUUCAACAUCUCGUUCACCUCCUUCGCUGUUGAGACAGAUCCACCAAAAGGCUCUGACAUUUGUCCCACAAGAGAAAUUAAGAUCAAGCCUGACUCGCCAGAAACAAUGAAAGGAGCGCUUUAUUCACCAAAUUUUCCCAACUUUUAUCCAAACGACCAGAGCUGCACAUUAACUUUGGACGUACCUGAUAACUACAAGGCUGUUGUCACGUUCCAGAAGUUUGCUUUGCAAUAUUCUGAGACGUGCGAUUUUGACAAGUUAGUGGUUAGUGACGAGAGCGACAGUGAUACACAGUGCGGGGGGGGCGCAGACCGGCUCCCUCCUUUAAUAGAGAAAAAAGGAAGAGAAGUCAAGUUUUCUUUCACCACUGAUAGUUCAACAACAUCAACAGGAUUCCAGUUGGAGUAUAACAUCACUCGUCUUGAAGAAGGUCGGUGUGUGUGUACCACAGGAUUGGGUUAUACAACCAUUGCAAACUUCAAACCAAGAAAUGACAGAAAGCACGAUGAUAUCCGCUUUGAGUUUAAAAGUACUCAAUCGAGUGGAAUGAUCAUGUAUGCCAAAGGAUACUACAAGGAUUAUAUUUACAUUGGUUACAAGGAUAGCAAUGUUUUUAUGUACCACAUUGAGCUGGGCACAGGAACAAAAAGGAUGGAGACAAAGAACUUGAAACUAAACGACGAUAACUGGCACAAGGUCCACCUGACCCGCGCCGACCGAGUGCUUACCAUCAGCAUUGACGACGUAACUCUCUCUGGACAAGCUCCAGGAGGUUACAAUCGUCUUGAUAUACCAACCGCAACAGCAUAUUUCCUGGGAGCUCCAACAAGUUUGAACCUGGAACCUAAUUUCAUUGGCUGCAUCCGGGAUUUUACGGUCGAUGGCUAUGAGCCACUAACAAACGCCUGGGUAGGAAAGCCAGACUAUUCGAUAGUGGGCAAAAGUUCUAUGAGACAAUGCAGCUAAUUUGAGAAAUAAGACGGAACAUCCUGGCUUGAGGGAUUUGUUAACAUAAUUUUCUUUAAUCGAUUGUAGUCACGCAUUUGUUAGAUUUUUUGAUAACGCCAAAGAGGCUCACAUUAUAUUAUAAUCAGGGAAAAAAACAUUGACCAUGUUUGAAUCUUAUUCGGAGAAUAGGAUUACGAUGACUGUUUAAACGCCUUUAGGGACUGUUCAUUAAUUAUUGCUUGGGAGAGAGGGGGAAGGGUACAGGAUUUUGAUUGUAUCACAAUAUAAAAACUUACCUGUUCCCCUCCCAUAGGGCUGUGUGGUUUUCUAAUAACAUCCUCCCCCCCCCCCCCCCCCC